AAAAUGCGCAUGAAAGCAUCAGUCCUCCUAUUGGAUUUAAGUGAGAGUCGAAGAUGAGUGUGGAGUACCGUGACUCCUCUGUGGCCAACAUGGACAUGGAUGACAGUAAAAUCGCUUAUAAGAGACUUCUAAUGGAUCCCAACAAACUGCCCUUCUCAGUUUACAGUUUAAAACAAAAUCCUUUUCGUGUGGCCACUUUGUGUCUUGGGGUCCUGUGUGCUCUUCUGUUGAUUGGACUUAUCGUGGAAUCAGUCAGCUAUCGCAAAACGCAACAGGAGAAUUUAAACAAACUACAAAGUGUAAACACAGAGAAAAACAGCCUCCAGAACACUGUGGCAAGUCUUCAGAGAGAGAAGGGAAGUAUGGAGGAGAGACAAAGGGACAUGGAGAAAAGGGUGGAGUAUUUGACAAAAAGAAAGGAGCAGCUGCAAAAUAUCUACAACUCAUUGUCCCAAGACAUGGUCAAACUGAGAGAGAGUGAAACAAAGUUAAAAUCCAGCAAUGCAGCAUUGACAAAAGAUCUACAACAGGUAAAUGCUACAGUGGACAAGCUACAGAGUGACAACACAGCCCUUUCUACAGCUAAAGACCUUCUUCAGGUGGAGUUCAAUCAGGCAGUCAAACUUAAAACCACACUUGACUCAAACUAUAAGACUCUGUAUAAAGAAAGAAACAUCCUACAAAACACUGUCAACAACGUGACCAGAAGCAAAGACCAGCUGCAGUUGAGCUAUAACCGUCUGAUGGCGAACAUUGAGACACUCGAGAAAAAGCUGCAAGCAAUUACCAUGGAAAAAGACAAAGCGCAAACCAGUCACAUGAAUGCAACCACAGCAAAAAGCAUGCUGCAAGAUAUGUAUGAUAAUCUGUUCAAGGCGACAGAGCAGCUGAACUCUACGUAUAAUGAUUUGCUGAAGGAAAAGCAAGAGCUGGAGAAGAGUUGUGGGUCUGUCCAGACGGAGAAGAGCUUGCUAUUGGAGCAGAUCAAAAAUGUGACGACGGAGAGAGAUCAGCUGCAGUUGGAGGUGGUCAAACUCAACUCAACAAUUGCAGCAAAGAAAUGUCCAGCCGGCUGGCGGUCACACAUGUUCAGCUGCUACUACACUUCAGAAACUAAGAAGAACUGGAAAAACAGCCGGGACUACUGUAAGAACAGGGGGGCAGACCUGGCCAUUAUAACCUCUCGGGAAGAAAUGGCAUUCAUUAAUGGGCUGUACUCAAGUGAUAAGGAGGUGUGGAUCGGACUGUCUGAUGAUGGCAUAGAAGGACACUGGACAUGGGUUGAUGGGACGACCCUGAACCCGAAUGCUACGUUCUGGGGAAAUGGGCAGCCCAACAGCUAUGAUGGUCGGAACCAGGACUGUGUGGAGUUCUGGCAUCGAGCCACGGGAAACGGAGAAUGGAACGAUGAGAGCUGCAAGAUUGAGCAGUACUGGAUAUGUGAGAUUUAGGACAGAUACAAGAGAAUGAAUUAACAAGAAUAUUAGACAUGAGAUAACCUGUUAAAAUGGGUUUGUGUUUGCCAAUGUAUAUCAAAGUUUUAAGAAUAUUUUCAAGAACAAAUCAAUUAUCUGUGUAAACUAAAAUGCUUUUUAUGAUUAUGUUUGCAUUGUUAUAUUGAAAAUAAAUAAUAACAUACA